AAAAAAUUGGGAGAUAUAUUUGUUCAGAUUUCUAGGGUGUAGGGGGAAUCGAAUUAAUACGCAAAAAUCGACAAAUAAUAUAAAUGAACAGUUGUUCGUUUAUUUGUUUUCAGUCUUACCAUUAAAAUAAUUUGUACUGGUAUGUUAUUUCCCAUUGUUGAAAAUCAGAACUGUAAUUGUGAUUAGUCGAUUGCUAUAUGUGUGUCGUUAGCGGAUUACUCUGAUAGCUUUUCAUUACAAGUAGCUCAGUAAACUAGUCAUUUUUAGUGUAAAGUAUUAGGUACCAGUCCUGGUUUAAACAUCAACGUCUGGAUGUGGCAUAAACUACACUACCUGAAUGGAUUACAGCGUUCAUUUGAAUAAUUUACAUUUUCAAUAGUUAACUAAUAAUCAUAUGUUGAGUAUGAUCCUAUUGCUACGAUAAUAUAAACAUACAUAUAUAUAUAUAUAUAUAUAUAUUCAAUCACUUAUAUCUAUUAUCAAUGUCAUACUCAUUUGAUUUACAUGAAAGUAUUUACGGUUCUGAACCUUAUAAUACAACCCAUUUUAAAAUCCCAUCUAAUCAAACAACAACAACAGCAACAACAACAAAACAUAAACAAAAUGGUUAUGUUAAACAAUUUCUACAACAAAAUGGUAUGAGAAAAACAAAAAAAAGUAGUCCAUUAAUAUCAGUGAAUGGUACUGGUGGAGGAAUAGGUGAACAAAGAUUUGAUGCAAAUUUUAAAGUAUUAUUACUUGGUAAUUCUGGUGUAGGAAAAACAUCAAUAAUUAGAGCACUUGUUGGUGAAACAUUUUAUCAGACUACUAUAUCAACAAUUGGUAUUGACUUGAUUAAACGAAUAUUCACAGUUGAAAAUCAUCGUGUACAAUUAGAAGUAUGGGAUACAGCAGGUCAAGAACAAUAUCACUCCAUUGUAUCAUUACAUUUUCGAGAGGCUAAAUGUUUUAUCAUCGUUUAUGACGUAACAGAUAUGGAAUCAUUUGAACAAAUACGUAAAUAUUGGCUUAGAACCGUAGAUGAGCAUAUGGAUGAAGCAGUACCGGUGUUUUUCGUAGCUAAUAAAAUUGAUAUGAUAAAAGAUAAAAAAGUCUCAACAGAACAAGGUCAACAAUUAACAUCUCAACAAGCAGCUCAUGGAUUCUUUGAAACAAGUGCAAAAACCGGUAAGAAUAUACAAAAUUUAUUUCAAGCAGUUGCUGAAUGCAUGGUGUCUACAUGGGGUGCUCCAAAACGUUGGUAUGAAAUAAAUACUGAAGGCAAUAAUCAAUUAGAUCCAUGGUCCAAUUCGUAUAAUCAUCGUUACAAGGAUACAGUUCAAUUAGAUCAGAAAAAAGCUCACAAUAAAUUACAAUGUUGUUUGACACAUUAACUAAUACGUAUCAUUUGAACAGUAAUAUGAUCUUAUUAUUAACUACUAAAAUUGUACUACUUAAGAUUGUAUUAAGUAGUUGAAUUUGUAUCACCUCAAAUCUUCAGCAUCGUUUCAUGUUAAACCUACUCACCAAGAUAAAUUAUUUAUACAUCCUUCAAAUAAUAAUGUGUAAAUAAAACAUUUUCAAUAAUACAGAUAACAUAUUAUGCUUAUUUACAUUCAUUUAAACUUAUCAUUCUUUGAAGCAUUAACACAAAAAUAUGGCACAUUAUAUAAACAGAAGCACCCAUUCGUUUUUCACUACCUACUGACAAGAUACAUCAAUCAUUUCAUAAUAACAUUUGAACUACCCUGAAAUGAGGCGAAGUAAAGAUGUUUCUCCACAGUUUAAGUAAACAAAACAUUACACUCAAAUCUUUUUUCUUUAUUGUACAGUUUUUCAUUCAUUUCAUUAAUAUUCAUAUACGUAUGUGGUGUCAUGUUAAAGAAAACGCGGCUGCAAUACAAUAUAUAUCAAGAUCACUAAUUAUUCAUUAUAGAGCUCACUUUGAUGCCUUCAGUCAUUAUUAUUACUUUUUUUUUCUUUUGUUUCAUCAAUCUACUUAAGAAUGUUAUCAGUUACUUUUUGAAGUUAUUUCUUCUUCAUUUUUUUUUCAAUUUGCAUGUUGGUUCGUUUGUUUGUUUCUUUAUCCAGUAAUAUACCCUAAUCCUUAUAUUAAUAUAUAGACAAAUAAAGAAAUUUUUUGAAAGUAAUUACAGAAUGUGAUAAAGUCUGUAAAGGCAUGAUUAGGUUGAUCCAAAUGGAAAUGUAAUAAGUUUAAGGUACACCAGUUGAAAGAUGGGAUUUUCAUGAAUUGUUUCUAUAGUACAUUUGUCGCGACGAUUGUAAUGAUAAGAAGCGGUAGUUGGGGACAGGCAGUUUUUAAAUGGGCAAACUAUGGGCCAUUGUUAAGGAUGAAUAAUAUAGCGAAGGGCUAUUUCAGUGUUGUUACAGGAUACUUUAAAUCACCAGUAUAGGGUUGUGUAGGUUGUGAAAAUUUCAUUGAAAUCCUUGACCGAUCAAUGUUAGACCAUCAUUAGAAAGCUCAAAGCACUGGGCGACCGUUUCAUCUUAGCAUGAGACUUUACACUAGCGCGCAUUCACAACCACGUAUGUUGAAGUCGAACCCAGGACUUUCGGUCUUGUACAAGAACGCUUAAUUUCUAAACCACUAAGCCAGCACGUAACGGUGUUAGCAUCCAACUGCAAUCGAUUCACGACAAUGCGCAGUCAUCCUACAAUCAUCUACAACUAUGAAGAAGAAAGCGAAUGAACAGAAAUGUCAUGGAAAAAUAAAAAUUGGCUAUUGAAUCGUUUUCACGAUUCUAACCUAAAUUUUUUAGUUACAUAAUUUAUCUCAAAAAUUGAUUUAUUUGAAAACACUACACUAAAUAGAUUUCUAAAUACGUAACACCAGUCCAAGUCGUCCCAGCUGAUAAACACCAACCACCUCAUCAACCGAUUCACAGUUUUUACCUAGUACCCUAAAUCUAACGUCAACAUUGCUCACUCAGUAAUCUCGAAAUAAAAGAUCACUGUUUCGGAGACACCCUUUUAACUGAGUAACCUGAGAAUAUUAUUUAUUCCUAUUGGUAGUCGUUAACAUACAUAAAGUUGAACAGAGUGAACUGCUGUUCAAUGAACUCGUUUUUUGUUGAUAGACGGAUGUCUCGCUUACACCGCAAGUGACGCGAGUUAAUAAAAGCCAACUAAGUUUAAUGGAUUUCUUUCAAAGUUUCGUCAUACGCCAACUCAUCACUGUUGACGAGACAUACAAAAUAAGUGAAGGAAUAAAUGAGCUCGACUUUUUCAUUUGAUAUAUUUAGUUUAACCAUUUGGACAGACUAAUCACGAAUAAACAUUUUUUAUGAGUGGGAGAAAUGAAUCUCAAACUUGCUAGUAUUGUCGUUUAAGAUGAUCAGAAGUUUCCAUUUUGUCAGCGCUUUCACCAAACAGAACUAUUCCAUCUGAGUGUUCGAAGUUAAGAAGUUAAUCUCCUAGUAGCAGUUUAAUAUCUAGAACUUUGGAUGGUGAGAGGUUCAUCUCUAAAAGGGUGUUUUUGAAGUCAAAUAUAAGGCGAGAAAGUGAACAACCCGAACGAAUACUGAUCUAGUUUGAUAACUCUGAUGACGGUUUGCUAUAAGCACUAAAAUGACCAGCAGUGUUCAAGUAGCGUCUUUAUAAGGUUGAUAUAAUUCUCUUUUACGCCUUUUAAUGGCAGACACUGCCACAGAACCUUUUGACCUACAGAGUCAAGUGCUGCCCUAAAGUCAAGGAGCACAACCAAAGCUGGAGGUCGGAGAGUAUAUCCAUGUUUUAGGGCCUAAUGAAAAGUGAAUAUUCGGUCUAUACAUUCGCAUCUAGGUCUAAAACUAGCCUGUUUUUUCCUGAUUCGCUGUCCGCCGAUUCUAUUUAUCAGUCAGUUCAUUGUUAAACCAAACAUUUUAAACACUAUUAAUUGACUCUAUUCGUCUGUCGUUAUCAUAAGAGAAUUUUUGUUCCUUUCUGUAAACUGGAAGGACCAGUGAUCGAAACCAAUUAAUUGAGAUUACGUUCAGUCCACAGAUUGUAGUCAAUAUCUAAGUCAAAUUAACUGUCAAAACUGGAACACUAUCACUAUAAUCUUAAGAUUUGGUGCUACCUCUCAGCUUAGAUUAACCAUAAUCUUUUCAAACUCAAUAAGAAUUGAGGGGCCUUCACCAACUUCCCAUUCAUGCUGUCUGGAGAUAGUUUCUAGUAUCCAACAAGUAACAGUCAGUAGUUGUGUCAAAUUCAAUAAUAAUAAACAAUAAAUUAAAGCUGGGACUGUGCACCCUACAACUAUAGACUGCACUAGACUAAUAUGCUCACAGAAGACAAUUGUAGAUAUCUUCAGACACUUUUACUGAAGUCACAAGUGGAAUUACCAAACAAUAUUUAGGAUCCUACUGCUAAAUAAACCUAACAAUAGACGAAAGUACUAAAUACAACACAUUUAUUAAAUGCUCUUGUGUCGAACUAGUUAUCUUUUUACAUUCUCGUUUUAAGAACCAAGCCGGAUGGUGUUCUGAGAUGCGUACCAUUCUGGGAUGUGUUAAGGAAAAACUUUUGCUUUGGGCCACAUCAAUGUGUAUCUAUAAAUUUACUUUCUCAUGUGGGGCAUGUUACAUAGACCGCACAAAGCGAUCACUUUCAAAACUCAUCUCGGAACACUAUCUGGCUUAGCUCUUAAAAAGGGAAUGUAAAAAGAUAACUAGUUCGAUAAGAGAGCAUUUAAUACACUUAUUGAAUAUUGAAAACGUAACGGCUAACCUUAUCCUCAAAUCAUAAUCAUUAUUUCCCACUUUAAUGGUGUACCAAGUUCAUUGGAACAUUAAAAAGAGAAGCCAAAAAAUGAAAACAAGUAAAUAAAAAAACAGAUACACGUUUAGUAAAGAUGGAUAGUGGCUGCCAGUGAAAUCCAGGACGCGCGUCACUUCGU